AUGUCCAAGAAAGCAGGCACUCCUGCUUACGCGCCGGUCUACGUGGAGAGCAAGCUCUUAAAGCUUGACGACGUGUCGGUCGCCCAUGAUUCCGGCCAUCGGGACGUCGAUGAGGAUCGUGUCCUGGAGUUGUAUGAGAAGGUGAUUUUGGCCGGUCGUUGGGGCCAGGCUUCGUUGUCCCGACCGAAGCUGAGGUAUGAUCCUGCUGGUCGUCCUAUGGCCGCAUCUGAUGGCCGGUCGAAGCUGGCAGAUGGCAAGCACUGUAUCGCAGCGUUGAAGAAAGCUGCUGAGACGGUCGCUCAGUCCGAUGAUGCAACGCAGCUCGAGUGGUACACAGGUGAGAUCAAGGACAUUCUGACGGUCGGAAUGCGUUUUGAUUGCAUCAAAUUCUUGGAUGAUGAUGAGGCGGCGGUCAAGCUCUUCUACACCAUGGCCCAUGAGCAGGAGGCCAACAAGUUGCGGACGACGUCGGUCGAGCACAAGAUCAAACUUGUGCGUGCUUAUGUCGCCAAAGACGCCGAGAACGCCAUGGUGGAAAUUUUGGGCAAGUCACGCCGGUCAACAAUCCACAACUGGUGCAAAGCGACUGCAGUGUUAAAAGAGCCUGUCCUGAUCAAGCUGAAGGAGAAGCCCGACCUGCCACAGGGACUUGUUUUCACGAACAAGUACUUCGUCGGUCAAGGAGAAGAGACACGCUUCCUCCUGGAACCCGAGCAGCAGAUUGCUGCUCUGCAGCUUUUCUAUGACUUCUGUGACGGUCGCGGGACGGUCUCUUCCAUACCGACCUUCAUGUCUGACUUUUGUGCCCCAAUGUUGAAGGCACAGUUGUGGUGUCAGUUGGUCAUGAAGAAGUACUCGUCGGUCGUGAGCCGCCUACCAGCGUAUGACCGCUGUCAGAAGAUGCUGUGGAGUGAGCGUGGACGGACGUGCAUGCGUCUUGGCGUCGGUCUGUCUGGUGACCCGAAGAUCGAGGGCAGUGGCAUCCCUGAGUGUGUGUCGGUCCUCCAAGGGUUGAAGAAUCUGGCCGCUGGUCGUGCAGUGGAUGAAGCCGAAAGUGCUGUGGAUGCGGCCAAAGCAACGGUCACAGAGCACAAGCUGGUCGUUGAGGGGGGAGACGACGAGUCUGGGAUCUUGGCUGACGACAUCACGAUGGAGGCCCCACUGGUGGAGAAGGAUCCUGUUCUUGAAAAAGCUGAGGAGCUCGGCUUGUCGGUCCGCUCCAACAUUCAUCUGUUUCAUGACAUGAAGACCUUUGGUGAUGGCUUCGUCGGUCUAUGCCGGGCGACGACCCGUGGCGGCAUUUACAUCGAUGAGGCCACGUCGAAGGACAAGAUCAUUUUGGGGGACAUGGCAGAGUUGUGGAAGGUCGUCACGUCGGUCGUAGAUCGGCAAUACGUGUCCAUGGGCAUCUUCUGUGGAAAGCGCCACGACUUAGUGACGUUGGUCGUGACAGGGACGGUCGACCCUCCAUUGAAGCGCCUUCGAGUCAAAACCUUCUUGAAAAACUUAGAUCAGAGCCGGUCGCGAUGGAAGCAGAUGUCAAAAAAGGAGAAACAACCCUUUGUGGACGCGGCGGUCAAGGAUCACAGAAAGCACAACGCCCUCAAGAGGGAGCUCGCUCAUCCUCCAGUGGAAGUCGACUCGCCGGUCAGAGACCCGAAGCCUGAGAAUGAUAGUGACCAGCAGCCACCGGUCGAUGAGAACCUCGUCAAUGAAUUGAGGUUCUCCUUUGAAGGCAUGGCACUUUCCAGUCGGUCGACCCUGGGACAAGGCGCCCAUGGCACAGUUUACCGCUGUGAAAACUUGAUGGGAACGGAGUUCGCAGUGAAGUUGCCGGUCGGCAGCAGGGACGUGAAGAGGGAGCUAGACGUUCUCCUCAGUCUACGCCACCCAGCCAUCCUGCACUGUUAUGGGCCAGUCAUGUCGGUCGACGGAGGUCUCGUGGGCCUUCUUUUGGAGUAUGUGCCGGUGACAUUGGACGCUUGGCUGAAGACGCAGCCCAAGGCCGCAAAGUGCCCACACAAAUGGCAUCUGAUGGUCGAUCUUGCACAUGGACUCCAGUAUCUGCACUGUCACAAGCUUGUGCACUGUGAUGCGGAGCUUAGCGGGUCACAGGAACCCGGUCGUAGCUUUGCUGUAAGGGUGAGGUUGGCACCCACAGCUGAUCUUUGGGCGGUCGGGUGUCUCUUGUUUGCGAUCUUCACAACAUCGCCACUGUGUCAUUUGUUUGUCACAGUGAAGGUGCUGUAUGACAUGUCCUUCAUCAAUUCCCGAAUUGAUAAGAACGUGCCGGUCGUCUCUGGCGCUCAAGAAGACAUAAGAGCUUUCUUGAAAAAGCUGCCGAACGAGCGACAGCAGCUGAGGCUUUUCAUUAUUUCUGCAGAG